AUGUCCACAAUCAUUGUGGGAGGAGGCAUUAUUGGUGUCUCCAUAGCAUACUAUCUUUCAGAUCCCAAGAGAUCACACAGGCCAAAAGAGAUUCACAUCGUUGAUUCUUCUGCCGAGCUCUUCGCAUCCGCAUCCGGGUUUGCGGCGGGGUUUUUGGCUAAAGACUGGUUUUCGCCCGAAUUAGCGCCACUGGGCAAGUUGUCCUUCGAUUUACAUCGUCAACUUGCAAAGGACAAUCAGGGAGCUCAAAAAUGGGGCUAUAUGGCAGGUACUGCGGUCAACUUGCAAGUCCAGGGAGCAGAUGGGAAGAAAAGCAGGCGAGGGGACGAUUGGCUACGUCGCGGCGCAAGCAGAGCGGAGGCAGCAGUGAACGAAGAAGCUGCCGUUGAUGAGGGAGAUCCAUCCCCAUUGUGGUUGACCAAGCAGAGGGGAGGGACCGUCGACAAGAUUAGCAACAAUGGCAGCGCUGCCCAGGUAGAUCCCCUACGACUCUGCCAUUUCCUCCUGGAUAAAUGCGUCGAGCGAGGCGUACGGGUCCACUACCCCACACGCCCGGUUGCAAUUCUCAAGAAGGGCACAUCUUCCACUGGCAGUGAGGUGGUGUUGCAGCGUCUUGACACAAAAGAGGAACUGAAGAUGCCAUGCGACAACCUUAUUCUUGCCGCUGGGGCGUGGACACCACGAGUUUUUAAAACGCUGUUUUCGCAAUCGAAAACAGAAAUCCCAGUUGGUGCACUGUCGGGAUAUUCGCUCCUGUUUCGCUCACCCCGGCACACACUGGAGAACGAAAGAGAGACAUAUGCCGGCCAAAGCCACGCAGUUUUCACCACUCAUCCAAAGGCUUGUGGUUUCAGCCCUGAGAUUUUUUCUCGUCAAGGAGCUGAGAUAUAUAUUGCUGGUCUCAAUAGCCUGGAUAUUCCGCUCCCCGAAGUAGCUACAGACUCACUCGGUAUUAUGGAGAGGGAAAAGUCAGAUAGGGUUAAACGUGCCGCGGUGGUGUUGAUGGGACGAGCCGACCCCGACGCGUCCACCGAUGAGCAGGGCGAAGCUGCAAAUGUGGAUGAUCUCGAAGUUGUGCGGGAAGCGCUCUGUUUUCGGCCAUGGACGGAAAGUGGGCGGCCUAUUGUAGGGAAGAUCGAGCAUCAGCUCUUAGAUCCCACUGAGGCGUUCCGUGGUGAGGUGUUUAUUGCCACAGGCCAUGGGCCAUGGGGUAUAUCGCUCUCGCUGGGUACGGGGAAGGUUGUUGCAGACUUAAUAACCGGGGCAAAUGCAAGUGCGGAUGUCAGUCUCCUGGGCCUUGGAGGGAAUGGGCUGAUUCCCAGUCAUCUAUAA